UUAACACAUGAUUUAAGCCGAUUCUGAUUCAAGUAGAAGAGUAGCAUACUUUUAUAAUAGAUUGAUAGGGAAAUUUCAUUAUGGUAAGGAACAUCCUAUGAAACCGAAACGUAUCGCAAUGGCUCAUAGCUUAAUAGUAAAUUUUGGGUAGUUGAAACCUUAUAUAAAGAUAGACUAUACAGAUCAUUGGAUGUUUACUUGAUUAGAGAAGCACAAUUAGAAGAAUUAAAAAAAUUCCAUGAUCCCGAAUAUGUUACUUAUUUAAGUUAGUAUAUGAGCGAGAAUAAGGUCAACUUUGUAAAGGAAUACUGUUCAACAAAUAACGAUGGGGUUAUACCUGAGAAUUUGUUGGAGGAGUAUCGAUUAAUAACUAAAUGGAGUCAAAAUAAGAAUACUAAAAAUCUGAAUUCUGAGUACAAAGUAGGAGACUCAGCCGAUAAUCCUACAUUUUCAGGACUUUUCUCUUAUUGUUAAUUUAGUGCAGGGGCAAGCAUUGAUUGUGCCCAUACAAUACUAACUGGGUAAGCAGAUAUAGCAAUCAAUUGGUCAGGAGGAUUGCAUCAUGCUAAAAAGAAGGAGGCAGCUGGAUUUUGUUAUAUAAAUGACAUAGUAUUGUGCAUUUUAGAGUUAUUAAGAAUAUAUGUUCGAGUAUUAUAUGUAGAUAUUGAUUGUCAUCAUGGUGAUGGAGUUGAAGAAGCAUUUUAUUUGACAAAUAGAGUAAUGACUUUAUCAUUUCAUUAAUAUGGAGAUGAUUUCUUUCCAGGAACAGGAUAAUUGAAUUCAGUAGGAUUAGGAGUCGGCAGAUAUUAUGCAGUUAAUGUGCCAUUAAAGCCAGGAAUAUCUGAUGGACCUUACUUGGAUUUAUUUAAGAAAGUUACCAGCAGAGUGAUGGAAACAUUUCGUCCUGAUUGUGUUGUUAUGUAAUGUGGUGCAGAUUCAUUAUCACUGGAUCGAUUAGGUGCUUUGAAUUUAUCCAUCAAGUAAAAUUGAAUAUAACAAUUUAAAAGAGGACAUGGAUAAUGCAUUUCAUACAUGAAAUAAUUUGGAGUUCCAUUGAUUCUUUUGGGAGGCGGUGGCUAUACAAUUUAGAAUGUGUCUCGAUGUUGGGCUUAUGAGACUGGCAUAUGUUUAGGAUAAACUAUCGAUGAGGUAUAUAAAUAUUUUACUACUGAAUGUAGCCUAUUCCAUCUAAUGAUGUAUAUUACAAAAACUAUGGUGGAGAUUAUCAUCUACACUUUCCAAUUCAAAAGAAUGUAGAAAACAAAAAUAAAGCUGAAGAUUUAAAUAAAAUAGUAUCUUAGGUUUAUGAUCAUCUCCAUAACUUAGAAAAUGCACCAGGUAUUCAUUUUCAUGAUGUCCCAUAUUCAUUCUAUCCUAAUAUGGAAUUAGAGAAAGAUGAAGAUGAUAAAAUGAGUAUUUAAAAUGUCUAUGUAUUAUAGAAAUGGAUAUGAAAUAGGAGAUAUCUUUAUUUGAAUUGGAAAAAAACCUAGGAAUUUCAGAUGAAGCUAAUGAAAUAUCAGUAAAUUCUGGUUCCAGAAAACUACAUUCAAAAGAAUCCUGA